GUUCUGUAGUUUACAUAACCUCUAUUUUAGGUAGAAUUUAUUCAAUUUAAGUGCCUUUUUGUACUUUAUCAUCGCAAAAUAUGUGAUAUAUAUUUUAACCAGUUUUGUGCUCCCAUGUUGUAUAGUAUUGUGGGAUUCCCCUUCCGCAGAAUUUACGGGCUCGAACUUAGCCUUGGCCACGUCGUCUUAUUUGAUUGGCUAAGACUUAUCUUGUUUUGAAUUCAUAAAAAAAUAAUGAUGCAGCAAGUAGUUCACCGAAUUUAUUACAUAUAGUUGGGAAAUGAGCAGUAAGCUUGAAUACAAUAUCGAUAGUAUAUUUAAUUAUUUAAUUAAAGAAAAAUGGCUGAAGAUUUUACACCUAGGAAUUAUCAAGUUGAGCUGAUGAAAAUUGGUCUCGAAAAAAAUACCAUAGUUUUCCUUCCAACAGGAUCUGGUAAAACAUUUAUAGCAUUGAUGAUAUUAAAACAAAUGAGCAGUAGUCUACUCAAGUCUUACAGCGAAGGUGGAAAAGUUACUGUGAUUUUAGUUAAUACUGUUGCAUUAGUUGAGCAACAUGGAAAAUACGUUAAAGACCACACAAAUUUUUCUGUGGGUCAGUACACAGGUGAUAUGAAUUUGGAUUUUUGGCCAAGAGAGAAAUGGUAUGAUGAAUUUAAUAAGUAUCAGGUUCUGAUACUGACUUCACAAAUUUUUGUCAAUCUUGUCAAUAAUAACUUUAUGGACUUAAACAAAGUGAAUUUAUUAAUAUUUGAUGAAUGCCAUCAUGGUGUUAAUGACCAUUCUAUGAGGCAGUUAAUGAAAAAUUUUGGCAGUUUAGGAGAUCCUCCAAGAGUUUUAGGAUUAACCGCCACUUUACUGAACGGGAAUUGUAAACCCCAUAAGGUGAUGCAAGAAGUUCAAACUUUAGAAGUUACUUAUCAUAGUAAGGUAGCUACAGUAGAUGGUUUAAAUAUUGUUGUUGGGUAUUCUACAAAUCCUCAUGAAAAUUUUAAAGUAUGUUUGGAACAUAGCCCUAUUUAUGUUGAAGGGAUUACUCUCAAGAUAUUAGAAAAAGCUGUUAAUGUAAUAAAUGAAGUAAAACCGGAAUCAGUGACAUUAAAUUUAAAAACAUUGAAGCCAUUAGAGCCUGUUAUAGGAUAUAAAAAGUUAUCAAAUUUAGUAGUAGAUCUGAUGGAACAGAUCCAAACAAUGGGUACAUACGGUGGCAUUAAAGCAACUAUUGCGCACAUGAUUCAAACUGAACGCAUAAGGAGACACUGUCAAGAUCUUAAUCUUUAUCACCUCCUUAGCUUUGUUAUAACUACAUUUUCCUUUGUUAAGGAGUUGCUGUUAAAUUCUGUGAAGGCUAUGGAUGAAAAAGAUCAAAUUUAUAAAUCCUCCUCUAAUAAAAUUUUAUGUUUGAUUGAGAUAUUAAAAGAGUAUAAACAGGUGUCUAAUGAAGAGCUCUGCUGUAUUAUUUUUACAGAUAGAAGAUUUACAGCUAAAGUGGUAUACCAUAUUCUGGAUGGUUUAAGUCAAUGUGAUCCAGAAUUGUCAUUUUUGAAACCAAAUUUUGUAGUUGGUGUUAAUAAUAACCCAUACAAUGAUACAAGAGAAAAUUUAUUUUGCUCGAAAAAGAAUAAACAAGUCUUACAAAGUUUCGUCAAUAAAGAAAUUAAUGUACUUGUUGCAUCUAGUGUGUUAGAAGAAGGAGUUGAUAUUCCUAAAUGCACCCUGGUUGUCAAAUUUGAUCAACCUAAGGAUUACAGAUCAUAUAUUCAAUCUAAAGGAAGAGCUAGACACAAAUCGAGCUUUUAUUAUAUAAUAGUUGAGAGAAAAAAUACUGAGAAGUUUAUGGAAAGAUAUAAGGAAUUUCAAUUGGUAGAACAAACAUUGAACGAUUACCUAAUUGGUAAAAACAUAAGUCGAGAAGAACCCUCGGAGGCUGACAUAGAGAAAAUGUACAAUGAGGAUGAAUUGCCUCCAUAUUAUGUCGAUGGUCCUGGUUCAGCCCAAGUUAACAUGUUAUCUGCAAUACCUUUACUGUGUCAAUACUGUGCCAGUUUGCCUUCAGAUAUAUAUACGGUAUACGCUCCUGAAUGGUAUAUAGAAGAGAAAUGUGAAGGGGGCCUUUUAGACUGUAAAUUACACCGUGUUGUAAUAUUGUUGCCAACAAUAUGUCCCGUUGUGGAUUUGAUAGAGGGGGAUUACAUGAAAUGUAUUAAAUCAGCUAAGAGGGCAGCUGCUUUGAAAGCAUGUAUACUACUUCAUAAAAUAGGUGAAUUAAACGAUCACCUUUUACCCAGAAAAAACGAAGUUCCUGAGCAGGAUGUCAGUUUUCUCUUCACUCAUUACCCUAAAGUUAAGGAAGAUAAAGCAGGUACAAGCAGAAAUCGACGUUUGCAUGAAAAGCAGGUAGCGUCAUAUAUUCAAGGGCAGAUACGACCAAACAUUCCUCAGUUUCUUCACAUAAUUCAUAUAAAACCUCUUUUCACACGACGAUCCCAAGAUAUUAAUGAAUCUACUAUGUACGACAUCUACACAUCGUCUCUUUGUUUUGGAGUAAUCACUCCGAAGCCACUUCCAGUUUUGUGUGAUUUUCCGAUAUACGUCUCUUUGGGAACAAUUAAUGUAAACCUACAAGUGAAUGCGAAACAAGUUACGCUCCACGAGGAAGAAAUAGAUUCCAUCAAAAGGUUUCAUCUUCUCAUAUUUGAUGAUGUACUUAAAAUAUUGCAAUCAUUUCUAAUUUUUGAUAACACCAAGGAGGCUGAAAUGUUAUUAGUUGUACCUGUAGAUAAAAUGACAGAAACGAUCAACUUUGACGUUAUUAAAACUUACAAAGAUGUAAAAAAUUUAUUGGAAUUAACUCGAGAAGAAAAACUAAAUUUAGAGGUAACUCAAGAAACAUUCUUAAGAACAAUCGUUUCACCUUGGUAUAGACGAGACCCUGCAACGUACAUCGUUACAGAAGUUUCUUUAAACAAAUGCGCGCUCUCCGAAUUUCCAAAUGAAGAUUAUGGAAGUUUUAAAGACUACUUUUAUGAAAAACAUAACCAGAAAAUAUUAAAUACUCAGCUACCUUUGCUGUUUGUGAAAGGAUUGACCAAGCGGUUGAACUUUAUAAAACCAAAAGGUAAGGAAGGAAAACGAAAACGUGACAAAGUGUAUGAAGAAAUGACUGAAUAUUUGAUACCGGAACUGGUUGUCAAACAAGAAUUUCCAGCGUCUCUGUGGAUCCUAUCUAGUUUUUUGCCGACCAUUUUAUAUAGAAUAACUUAUAUACUACAGUUAGAAGAACUGCGUUGUAAAAUUUCUAGAGAAACUGACCUGGGUCAAGAAAUCAUCAAACAGAGUGCUUUGCAACUGGAUGAAUACCUCUUGGACUAUGUACCAAACAUAGAAGAUAAGUUACCUGAGAAUAUAAUGAUAAUAGCUCCACCAUUGGAUGAAACACUUUUAAAUUUGCCAUCAUCAAUGCAGUACAACAAAGACUAUGCUGCAAAAGUACUAGAGGCUGAGUAUCCGUGGGAUGACAUCGAAGAGCCCAAAGAUAUUGAAAGAGAUCUUAAAGUAACUCCCAUGGAUAUUGAAUAUUAUGAGAAUUUCAUAUCCCAGCGUAUAGAUAAGAAUAAAGUAAACCAAAAUGAAAGUCCCAACAGAAAAAACCAUAAGCAGCUGGCUCUAACUUAUCAUAAAAAUUUUGUAGAGCGCCCUAUCAAGUUGCUUGACAAACCUUUUACCAAAGAUGGACCCGAUCUUUCCGAGAUGUACAGGGCCUUGACCGCAGCUAAAGCAAAUGAUAUAGUUAACCUAGAACGCCUUGAAACAUUAGGUGAUUCCUUCUUAAAACUGAUAUCAUCUGUUUAUAUAUCUCUGCGUUUUCCAUCUUACGACGAGGGAAAAGCGACCACCCUGAAAGGAAGAUUAGUUAGUAAUAAGAAUUUGUAUUAUCUAGCUAAAAAGAGAAAUCUGAGCGGUAUAAUGAAAUUUAAAGAAUUGGCCCCGAAAGAAGAGUGGUUACCACCUGCAUUUAAAAUACCACAGGAAAUGCUGAAAAGAAUUCAUUCCAACGAACUUUCAGUCAAUGCACUAUUCAAUCUAACAAUUCCCAUUGAGGAACAAGUUUCUGGUCGUUUGAGUCAAGAUACUAUUAAUCAGAUAUUAGAAGAGGAAUAUCCACCCGAGGAAAAUGAGAGUUCUUAUUCUAAUAUGGCAACAUUUUUGAAAUGCCAGUAUAUUGGAGAUAAACACGUCGCCGAUGUUGUGGAGUCCCUCUUAGGUGCAUAUUUUAAACAUAAUGGAUUCAUAGGAGGAAUAAAAUUUGUUGAAUGGAUGGGGAUAAUUCCAGCAACAGAAAAUAUUGAAAAUCUUCUCAAAGCCCCUGCUCCAGAUCCAAUUAUAGAUAAGAGGGCAUCUUUACAUAAAAUAAACUUUCACAUACCAUGUUGGCAGGAGAUUGAGGAUAUAUUGGGCUAUCAAUUUAAAAAUAGAGCGUAUCUGUUACAAGCUCUGACACAUUCCUCAUAUACACAGAAUAGAGUAACACUUUCAUAUGAAAAACUAGAAUUCCUCGGAGACGCCAUACUGGAUUUUCUGAUAACAUGCUAUAUUUAUGAAUCAUGUGGUUCUUUAAACCCGGGCGAACUGACAGAUUUGAGAUCGGCACUUGUGAAUAAUAACACCUUCGCUAGUUUAGUUGUCAGAUGUGGCUUUCAUAAAUUUUUAUUGAUGAUGAAUUCAAAACUUCAAGGACACAUCGAUAAGUUUGUGGACUAUUUAAAGGUGAAGAAUUAUCAAAUUGAUGAUGAAGUUCUGAUUCUGUUGGAAGAAGGCGAGUUGGUUCUAGCUGAAUAUGUCGAUGUUCCAAAGAUUCUUGGCGAUAUAUUUGAAGCCCUAGCAGGAGCUGUCUAUCUUGACAGUGGCAAAGAUUUGAAGGUAGUCUGGAAAGUUUUCUACAAAAUAAUGUGGAAGGAAAUCGAUCUUUUCAGUAAAAAUGUACCGAAGAAUGUUGUGAGGCGAUUAUUUGAAUGGCCUGGGACCUAUCCAAAAUUUGGAAAUAUUAUUGCCACAGAAAAUAAAAAAUGUAUAAUUCCUUUGGAAUUUAUGCUUAGCGGGAGGCAGAAACUUGUUCAUGGCUGUGGUACCAAUAAAACUAUGGCUAAAAAAGCUGCUGCAAAACUAGCUUUAAGAUUUUUAGAAAAGUAAAAUGUAUUGAAUAAGAAAGCAUUAUAUGUACAGAGUGUCCUAGAUAGAAUAAGAUGAAUUACAAAUUGAUCUUUGUCUAAAAUGCGUUCUUUAAAAGGUACAGAACAUUAAAAUAGUAUUUUGAAAAUCAUUUUUUCUAAUAUGUUCCAUGAUUUACGAGGUAUUAUCUUCUAAUUUGACAUGGAUGUUAUUUAUGCCAUUACAAUUGUUGAGUAUAAUUGAAAAAACAAAUGAAAAAUUGGGUUGUCGUGACCCCUUAUCUUCCUAAUUUACGAUUCUUCGGGUACCUACGCAGUUUCUUUGACGAUGUUUUAUCUGCCUUAUAAAUCUCUCAUUUAUGGUAUGUAUUUAUUGCAUAAUUUUCUAGUUAUAUAUCACUUUUUAAAGGAAGUAUGUCCAUCUAAUAAAUAUUCUAUUAUAUCCUGUUUUAUUGAUACAUGCAAACUUUUUUUGUUAUAGAACAUCUUGUUUCCAAAGACAUCUUGUGAGUGGUUGCACUUCACCUAAAAAAAACUUGUCUUUCUGAUUUUUCCUCCACCCAAAACUUUUUUUAUGUAUUCUUCACAUAAUAAAACAUUGUUUAGGACCAUUUAUCGUAAAAUUGAUUUUUUCAAAAUUCUAGACUUAACAAUAAAUGAAAAUUCGAAAAAAAUUCAAUGGGCAUAUCUAUGAAAAGGGGGAGGAUAAGGGGUCAUGACAAUUCUGUUUUUCAUCUCUUUUUCAAACUGAAUGAAUUUCCAAAAAAUCUACAAUUACAAUGGUAUAAAUAACAUGCCUGUCAAAGUUAAUAUCUCGAAAAUCAUCAAAGAUAUUGAGGAAAAACAAAUUUGAAAAUUUUGAAGAAGUAUGUUUACCUAAAUCAU